CGAGUUUUCCUCUGUAUCAAAUCGAUCGUGCCAACUGUUCCAUCGUCAAUAGGGCCUCAACAGAAGAACAGCAUCCCAAACAUGACCGCGUCGACGACUGACGCGGGAGCAGAGCAAACCGUGUCUGUGGCGAACGAUGCAAGCAGCACGUCUUCGCUUCCGACGGAGCAGAAGCCAAACAAUGCAGACGAAAAUCCCCUUGAACAAACCACGAGCCGCAUCGAAAACUACCCGACUGGCAUCAAGCUGGGUAUGAUCUUACUGAGCAUCUACUUGUCCGUCUUCUUGGUGGCGCUCGACAGAACAAUCAUUGCCACCGCGCUCCCCAAAAUCACCGACAAAUUUCAAAGUUUUGGAGACGUUGGUUGGUACAAUGCCGGAUUUCUGUUUCCUGCGACAGCUCUCCAACUCCUCUUUGGGCGGCUCUAUACCUUUUACUCGCCCAAGUGGAUCUUCCUCAGUGAAGUGUUUGUGUUUGAAAUCGGUUCUGCAAUAUGUGGCGCCGCCCCGAACUCGGUCGCUUUCAUCUGGGGACGAGCGGUUGCUGGCUUGGGUGCCGCAGGCCUUUUCAACGGAGCGAUGAUCCUGAUGAUGUACGCGUCGCCUCUCCACAAGAGAGCUCUCUACAUGGGUCUUCUUGGUGCCGUCUUCGGUGUGGCUUCGGUCGCUGGUCCAUUGCUGGGUGGUGUGUUCACGACCAAGGUCUCUUGGAGAUGGUGUUUCUAUAUCAAUCUCCCGAUCGGCGCGGUUGUACUAGUGUUUCUCUUCUUGGUUAUCGACAACACUGCGCCAGCACUUGGUGAUUUGCCGCUGAAAGAGAAGAUUUCACGAAUUGACAUUCCUGGCACGUCUAUUUUCAUUCCCUGCAUUGUUUGCCUGCUCCUGGCCCUGCAAUGGGGUGGUCAAAAGUACGACUGGUCUGAUGGCCGCAUCAUCGCCCUUUUGGUCCUCUUCGGCGUCCUCCUCAUCGUUUUCAUUGGCAUUCAAUUCUGGCGGAAGGAGGCCGGCACGGUACCCCCUCGGAUCGCCAAACAACGCACAAUUGCGACUGGCGGCUUCUACGCCUUCUGUCUCGGAUCCUCGUUCAUGAUUGCUGUCUAUUACCUAUCGAUCUGGUUCCAAGCGAUCAAAGGCGAUUCAGCAAUCCGGUCCGGAUACUCGACGUUGCCGUUUAUUCUCGCCCUUGUGGUUGCGUCCAUUCUUUCCGGGGCCUUUGUCUCGAGGGUAGGUUAUUACAACCCGUCAAUACUGGCAGGUGGCAUCCUAACACCCAUUGGUGCUGGCCUCUUUACGCUGUUCACUACUCACACGGCGCACCCUAUGUGGAUUGGUUCCCAGGUCCUGUACGGUUUCGGUGUGGGCCUGGGGCUGCAACAAACCAAUAUCGCUGCUCAAGCUGUUCUGGACAAGAAAGACGCGCCAACCGGAGUUUCAUUGGUAUUCUUCUGCCAGGGUCUCGGUGGUACCAUCUCGGUUGCGAUUGCCCAAAAUGUUUUGGAUAAUAAGCUCAUAUCAGGUCUCAAGGGGUUCAGCAACAUCAGUCCACACGAUAUUGCCAACACCGGAGCCACCCAGCUGAGACAGGCUUUCAGUCCCUCGCAAUUGCCGGAGGUUCUACGAGUUUACAACCACGCCUUGGUGAUUGUCUUCUACAUUGCGCUUGCAUUUGCUUGUGCGGCAAUCCUUGGAGGUAUCGGCAUGGAGUGGAAGACAUUGAAAAAGGACAAACCCCAAAAGGACAAAGAAAACGCACCAGCCGAGGUCAGGGAAGAAGCAAAGACGGAGUGAUCCUCCACGACUCAGACGCGAUUUGACAAAAAGUUUUAAUUUAGCGACACAAUGUACAAUAGCCACACCCUGUUAUCGAGCGAAAUCCCUUCUCAACAUAUCUUUUGGGGACUUUGAGGAUACCAUACAGGAGCACGAGGAGUUCUACCGAUCGAGAACGCCACUCUCCCAUUCAACACAUAUCACAACACAACUUGCAUGCCAUCUACGAGUUGACUCCCUCUCCCUCUUUUCUGCGCGGAUCCGAGCAGUUGAGAUCUGAAUAUCGGUUCUUCGCCAUAUUCCUGCGGGACAAUUCAAAACCUGCAUUGAGAGUCAAAGCAGCAGGGCCCAACACAGUGCGGUGGUCUAUGACUUAUUACCAUGCUCCGGAGUCCCGUGUUACUGGUGCUAAGAUAGAAGCACCUGGAAUGUGAAACAAAGGCUCAAUUUUGCUGUUUGAGGGGAGAGAAGUGAAAAUUAACGGCCCCUCUGGCGAUGGAAAGUGUCUGUCUUCGCGGUGAUAGACCCCUCGAAUGACAUUCACCAUGCACCCAAUAUUUGUGAGAGGCGCUUGAGGGCCGGGUUUGCAGUAUUUGCCAAUUUAGUAAGGAGUUGGCGGGAGCGUGCUGGGGUUUGAGUAAAUCCAGGUUGCGAUGAGUGAAUAUUGACUGCCGAGUGGAGGCUGAACAUCGCUGCGAACAUGACCCCUUCUGUAUAACAUUGCGACAGUUGCUGCUCAUCCAAGAGAUUUCCAGAUAGCUGCUGUCCAACAAAUUCAACAUGCAAAGAUGGUAG